ACACCAAACGCAUCCGAUCUAUGAUUUAGACUGCUUAUUCUCUUAAAAUCAAAACAAAACUCUGCCCUUCCCAAGAUGUGCUUAUCAGAUUGCCGCGUCAGCUUGCGAAUAAUAUCAAACUCGCACUGGACGAAUCAGAAAAAUUUGCAUCUGGAAUCAACAACGGUUUCCGUAGCUUCAGUGGUGCGAUCAGUGUCGGAAUAGGCGCUGCAGCGUCAGUCAAUGCUGGGGGAUACGGCGUCGAAGUAAUCGUGAGUGCUGUCAACCGAUUAGGUAGUAUAAAAGACCAGGAAGGACCUAGAUGAAGAAGGGUGGUCAUCAUGGCCAUCAUCCUAAAGGUUCUGGAAAACAUGUAGCCAAGAAGCAGAAUAAAUUAUCAGGAAUAAGAAGGAAAUAUGAGAGAUUUUGCACAGUGACGAAGAUGGGAGAGAUUUUGAUCGAAGGACCUUAUCUCGGGAUCAAUGUGAAUCCGUUUGAGACGGCCUUUUUUAAGACUAACAGACAUAUUGAUCCGGCCGCUUUGAAGAAAUUGACGAAUUGGAUGAAGGGGAGCCAGCAAUUUCAAUUGUUCCCAAGUAGUGGAUUCUCCCUUCAUGGGCUAAGAGUUACAAUGAAUAUGUGA